AGGCGGGAGACGCGCAAUUUUUGAUGCAGGCCACAUUUGGGCCCUCGAAAGAGGCGCUGACGGAGCUGGCGACUGCUUCCUCCUACGAGGAGUGGCUCCAGCAGCAGAUGGAUCUGGAGCCGAGUUUGCUGCGGAAGUUUUAUCGGUCCCGCGCCAAUCCCACAGACAAAGGAUCUCCGGGCAAGAGCGGCGUACCUCGGACGCCCUGCGAAGCAGGCUCCCGCUGGUCCAACGUCGCCUUGGACCAUCGCGACGUGGGGCGCGCAGUGGCCUCCACCGGCACUGCGAUUUACGUGGACGGGGAGCUGCGAACGCAGCUGGACCCCGGCUACGCGAAGAACGGCCUGGUGGCGCCCUCCCAGAACUGCAGCGAGAUCUUGCGGAGCUGGCAGGUUUCACAGGGCCGUACCUGCCCCACCGAGAUGAACAAGUACCGGUGCCGGGUCAGCGCGUCUUGGAUCCAGUACAACCUCUGCGAGCAGAGCUGCUGGGACUAUGGGCUGGGCUACGACGGCACGGACUGCUCCGUGGGGUGGCCGAAUUUGAACUUCGCGGGCUACGUGUGCUCCGUGGACCCGGCCGCCAAGGUCGGCGGCAUGGUGACCAUGUCUACGAACCCCAGCUGCGAGCACCCAGUCGUCGCUAUGCGGAUCCCCAGCAUCUGGCUGGAGGGCCUCAGUGACAGCAGCGCCACUUUUGCGGAAGUGCGGCCGGGCAUCAUGGUGCUCUCACAGGCGCAGGCUACUUGCGACUUGGGGCACACGGUGCAGAUCAAUGGCAAGGCUUACCGGCAUGACUCCAGGCUCAAGCUUGUGAACGCGGAAGCCUCCGAGCAAGAGAUGUGCAUUCCGAUUCCGCCCACGCUCUUCAACAUCCAGGACUGCAAGGUGCAGAAGGAGGGUGUGUGCAGCGUCAAACAGGCCACCGCCGCGGCGGUGACGCUGGACGCCACAGCCCGGCAGCUCAUCUCCACCAAGACAGGCCGCUCCAUCUUCGCCGUCUCGGGCCUGCGCACGUCCAGCUCCCCCUGCGCCACGCUGAGUCGCUGGCGGCAGCUCGACUGCGCGUCCUCCAGCUGUACGGCCUCAUCCCUCACCACGGCGGACCGCGACCUGGUGGCGCAGGCGCUCGAGCGCCAGGACGGGCAGUACCGCGACGUCUUCGUGAGCUGUUCCAGCGUGCCUGCGGGAGCUGUGGUGGUGCUUUCCGGUGGCACCUUUCAGCACAUCCACAUCCAUGAAGGCAACAUCUACGACUUUACGGGCUUCUCGUCGCAGCACCCGGGCGGCGCAACAGCCAUCACCAAGUGGGCGAGCUCCGGCUAUGAGCUGAGCUUCCCGUCCAAUCAUCCCAUGGACCGCUUCGACUCCUACAGACCCUCCUUGGGCUAUGUGGGCCGCAGCGGGGAUUCCAUUCAGUACCUCGACCUCCCAAGUUAUCUGCGGAACGAGGAGCUAGCAUUGGAGCUGGCAAACCUCACGAGUUCCCCGGGUUUGUCCCUUGCGUGUCCUUCACCGGGGGAAGUGGCCAACAACCCGGCGAUGGGCCACAACUUUCACCUCCAUGUGGAAUUCGAUACCUUCCAGGUGAGACGUGCGGACUCGGACUUCGACUUUCCGCCCAGCACCCAAAACCUCUCCCGGCCCUUCACUGCCCGCUUCAACGUUUGGCUGGGCCAAGCCUUGGAAGCCAAGGACCAGCUGAGGGCGCGAACGGCGUGGGCGCUGUCCCAGAUUCUCGUGACGGGCACUGGGGGCUUUGCCCAUACGUCCCAGACGGAGAUCUGGCUGCACUACUACGACAUUUUGGCGCGGCACGCCUUUGGGAACUAUUUGGACCUGCUGCGCGAGGUCACCUUUAGCCCCCUCAUGGGAGAGUACUUGUCCUACCUUAGGAACUCGGCCUAUGAUCAUGACCAGAAUUACCCAGAUGAGAACUACGCGCGCGAGGUCAUGCAGCUCUUUACCAUCGGCACCGUGAAGCUGAAUGCCGACGGGUCAUCCGUGUUGGACUCCACUGGCAGCCCUGUACCCACCUACGACAACGACCACAUCAUGUCCUUCGCGCGAGUCUUUACAGGGCUGGACCGGCAAGAUGUCCGCCCGAACAUGGAGCAGGUCUACCAGGAAAGGAACGCUGUAGACCCAAUGAAGAUGGUCACCAAGUGGCACGAUGCCUACCCGAAGCCAGAUCUGGAUGGGAACUACUUGGGGGAUCGGUGGCCCCUGUGCGUGGACCUUCCAAAGGGUGCCUUCUUGAAGCGAGGCGCUGACUACGCCUUCAUCGGGAGCAGCUACGCUGACACGGACGUGCUGAGUCUUCGCACAAGCUCAUCACUCUACCAGGCCUUGUGCAACCCUGCGCAGGGGUCUUGCAGUUUUCCCACCCUCGUGACGCUGGCAUCUGACCUUACCUGUGAUGGCCAAGAGUGCGCCACCACCUUGCCAGUCGUCGUCCAAGUGGUGGAAGGAAGUGUCUCUGCCUAUUACCGGUAUGUGCCGCCCCGCUGCGUGCAUUUCUACUUUUACACUGGCCAGAUCGUGGCGGCUGGAGGUGCUCGGUGGACGUGGGAUGGUCAGCGGAAGUGCUCGAACCCAGACAUCGCCUUGGGGGGGUCCUACUGCUGUGCCGGGUGCUCCAACACUCCCCCGAGCGGGUGGGUGGACCUGAACCGCACUUGCCUCGACAACAAGGUCAGCAGGUUCACCGGCAACUGCAAUGCAUCAUCCUGGUGGCCUCGGUCAAAGAUCUGCGAGCAGCGGUGCUGGGAAGAGGGCGUCGGCUAUGAUGGACCCAACUGCAGCGCGGAAGGCAGCUAUCGAGAGGACAGCGUCUGCGGUUUCUUCCAGGAGAUGGUGCCCCUCUCGGCUGCGCAGGAGAACUGCGAAGCCAUGGGCAUGAAGAUUUGCGACAGGCUCACAGCCAGCACCAAGUGUGGCUUCAACGGGGACGAGGGCAGAACGAGGCUUUGGACACACCUGCCCUGCUCCUUGAACAUCUCCGUGGACGAGAACGGCUAUGUUGCGGGGCACCAAUCAGAUGAUGCUAAAGUGAACAAGGUCUUCGUUCACUGGGACAACGGCCAGCAGGUUGGGGUAAAGCCUUGCCCUGACGAUUGCACUUCUGUGGGCGCAUCUUGCGAAUGCCCUAUGCAGACGGAGGUGGAGACCGUCUUCACUUCAGUGCCCGCCGCCUCUGAGCUCGCAGCACUCACGGUGGGGGCCUUCCCGCCGGCGGACGCCUGCAGCGUGUGCGACGGAGAGGUCAAGGCGUACCACACCUCUGGCACCGUGUGCGAUGCCAAGACCAUCUUCGAGUAUCAGGGCAGGUUCUACCGCAACAUUCGCAGCGUGGUCCGCGUGUCAGGGAAGUCCUUCAGGAACCCGCCGGUGAUCGGCUUCUACGAGGAGCCCACGGAGCGCUCCGCCAUCUGGGAGAUUGAGAGCCUGCUGGAGCACCUGGUAACUCAUCCCAACACCCCGGCCUUCAUCAGCUAUCGGAUGAUUCAGCGCUUCACCAGCUCCAACCCCUCUGGGGUAUAUGUCCAGGAUGUGGCAGAGGCCUUCAAGACAGGAACAUACAACAGCAAGACCUAUUCCGGCAAGUAUGGCGACUUGGGAGCAACCAUGGCGGCCAUUCUUCUUCAUCCGGAGGCGAGAGUACAGGCAGGGCAAUUCCGAGAGCCUUUGAUCAAGCUGACCCAUUUCCUUCGGGCCAUGGAGUUCGAAGAUGCGGCCAAGCGAAGCAUCUUCUUUGAUGAGGUGCAGGAAGCCAUUGGCCAGGAGCCCUUUGCCUCUCCCACAGUCUUCAACUUCUAUCGGCCCGACUACUCGCCGUCAGGCUUCCCGGAGGGCAAAGUGUCCCCGGAGCUGCAAAUUUUCGACUCCUCCAGCGCGGUGAACUUCUUGAACGGCCUCUUCUCCCUCAUCACGCAUGCCGGAGUCACCGAUUGCGAGCUUGGACUGGGCGUUGACACGGGCCUGAAGUGCUCCCAAAAUUCCUUCAAAUUGGACAACAACACUGACAUCAACGAGCUGGAUUUGUUGCUCACCGGGUCUCGCAUGAGCAACAACUCCCGGGAGGUGGCAGUUUCCUAUGGCACCGACUUCAAGACUUUGUCGGAGGCCGUGUUGCUCUCCCCCGAGUUCAACGCGCUGGGCGCCGUGGAGGCCAUGGGCCCUCGCACCAAGCAGAGCGCCACGGGGUCGACCAGUUCCCCCAGGUCCUACAAGGCUGUGGUGAAUCUCUACCUGAACGGCGGGGCCGACUCCUUCAAUCUGGUGGUGCCCAUCGAUUGCGACCUGCACGCUGAGUACCUCCAGGUGAGGUCGGUGUCCGCCUUGGCCAACAGCCAGCUGCUGGAGAUUCCGGUGAAGAGCACGCAGACCUGCGCGAAGUUCGCCAUCCACCACAAGUUCUCUCGGAUCCGGGAACUCUACAAUGCGGAACAGGCGGCCAUUUUUACCAAUGUGGGCUCACUGGUGGAGCCGCUCACACGGUACGAGUACAAGGACGGGUCCAAACGCAGCUGUGUGGGCCUUUUCUCGCACUCCGACCAGUCUGAAGCAGCCAAGACGCUGAAGUGCCAGGUGGGGGGCGCCUCACCCAAGGGCGUGGGGGGUCGCAUUGCGGAUGCCCUCGCCUCCGGGAGCCAGAAGUUCCAAACCAGCUCAUUCUCCUUGAGCGGCAAGCAGACCUGGGCGGAAGGAUUUGCAACUAUCCAGAGGUCCGUGGACAAGCGAGGUGAAAUUCCAAUCCUCCAAGGCUAUGAGUCUCGAAGAGGCCUCAUUGAGAACAUCACAGCAGAGAAGUACGGAAAUAUCUACCUCGAGGAAUAUGCGCGGAACAUCGGCCCUAUGGUGGACGACGUGAAGGACAUGGCCGCUCAGCUCGCCAACGUCACGCUGCGCACCACGUUUCCAGAGGCAGAAGGGUCUCAGGGCCAGCUGCUCAAGCAAUUCGCCACCGUGGCCAAGCUCAUUUCGACCCGGGAGGAGCGCGGCGCGGAGCGGGACUUUUUUUACGUGGAGCUCGGAGGAUUUGACACCCACAACGACGCCCAUGAUGAGAUUGCAGAAAAGUUUGAAGCUGUGGACCUAGCGGUGCACAGCUUGGUGAAGGAGCUGCAGGCCCAAAACAUCUUUGACCUGGUGACCCUGGUGACCUCCUCCGAUUUCGGCCGCACCUUGACCUCCAACGGAAAGGGCACCGACCACGGCUGGGCCGGCAACUACUUCGUGGUUGGUGGCUCUCUCCGUGGUGGGGACAUCUACAACAAGUUCCCCUCGGCCCUGGCAGAGGGAAGUCUCUUCGAUGCAGGCAGGGGCCGCCUGAUCCCACAAUACCCCUGGGAGAGCAUGAUGUUGCCCAUUGCCCAGUGGAUGGGCAUCGACAGCGCAGAUCAGAGCACGGUUUUUCCCAAUCUGCAAAAUUUCAACUCCUCGGUACUGCUUGCCAAGGAUGCCUUGUUUACCUCCUGAUUUCAGGGGCAGCCGCCCUUGUUCAGUCUCCUUAUGGAGCUGGGUCCUUUCAAGCGAACAUGGGCAA